AUGCAUGAUCAAAGAAGCAAAUCCCAUGUUCUCCUUGGACUCUACGUCCUUGGAAUCAAUUUCGGGUAUGCAACCCGUGCAAUAGCUGAACCGGCAUCGUGGGUGUCUUACCAAUCUAGACCUGAUAUCCGCGCUCCCGUACUCAACGUGAGCAUCAACAAUGAGAACCUGGUCACUCCAGGAUAUUUGUUUAUCGCCCCGUACAUGACGGAAAGGCCAGGACCUUACAUUUUCACUACUGAUGGGGAACUUGUUUGGAGUGGGUCAGAUGGCUCUACUACUGAAAUUUUUCAUGACCUCCAUGUUUGCAAGUACGGCGGCUCCGAUCAUCUCUGCUACUUCCAAGGAAAUCAGAUUCAAGGCUACGCGCGGGGCCGUAAUAUAAUCCUCAACAAUAACUAUCAAAAUGUUGCGACAGUAUUGAGUGGUAACGAUCUGGAAGAGAGUGAUAUGCACGAGCUAGAAGUUCUCGAUGAAGAACGCAUGACCUUUGCGGUCUAUCAGCCUCAGCCACAUGAUUUAUCAGAAUACGGCAUGAAAACACCAAACGGCUGGGUCAUGGAUGGGGUCUUCCAAGAAGUCGAUAUUGAAAGCGGAAAGGUAUUAUUUCAGUGGAAUUCGAUUGAUCAUGUUCCCCUCAAGGACAGUUACGUCCCAUUGGGUAUCAAUCCAAUCGUGGGCGAUGGGAUAAGCAGUUCUACCCCUUGGGAUUACUUCCACAUCAACUCAGUCGACAAAUCAGCGGACGGUGACUAUCUUAUUUCUGCAAGACAUACCAGCUGUAUUUAUAAGGUCUCGGGUAAAGAUGGCGCUGUGAUAUGGCAACUGGGUGGUAAGAACUCCACAAUCGACCAGACGAAUUACAACUUUUCCUCCCAGCAUGAUGCGCGUUUUCACGAGGAAAACAGCACGCAUACUGUGCUUUCGCUAUUUGACAAUGGAAGCAACGGUUACAGAAAUACUUCACUUACUUCCUCUGGCAUGAUUGUCGUGAUUGAUCACGGACGCGGCUCUUCAACGCUUCUCCAAAACUUCAUGGCUCCUGGGCCAGGUCUACGCUCGACCAGCCAAGGCAACACCCAACUACUCGCCGAUGGCAAUGUAGUUAUUGGAUGGGGAAAUAAUCCAUCCAUUUCAGAGCACACUGCCGAUGGUACACCCGUCUAUUUCGCUACCUUGAAUGACCCUGACGCGAUGAACUAUCGUGCAUUCAAAUACAAUUGGACGGCGACACCAUCGGACCCUCCAACGCUUGUCGCACAAGCCCCCGCACCCAAUGGUGCGACUACAUUCUGGGUGAGCUGGAACGGGGCCACAGAUUACACUCACUGGAACUUUUACGGGACAACACCUGGGUCGGACAAGUUUGUGUUAUUGUCUAAAUUAGGCAAGCAGGGCUUCCAGACUACUUACACGAGCCCGACGUUCCAUCCUCGAGCGUUUGCAGAGGCAGUCGCUGCCGACGGCUCCAGUCUGAAGAAAUCGUCAGAAGUGAAUGUUUUAGUUCCUUGA